GGACUCGCUCCCGUUUGUACGAGGCUGCGGUCCCCAAUGUGCCUGCGCUCUCAGAGGAGAAAUGAAGCAGGAAUGAACUCUGCCGAUGGAGCGUGGCCGCGCUCUCCUUGGAAGCUGGACCCAGGGCAGCAUGGGAGGCAGAGGCCACCCCCUCCGUCUCUGCACGCUCUUCCCCUCGUGGCUACCGUCUUUGUCUGGCUGGCCACUGGGACCACCAUGUCCAGCCUCAACAAGUGGAUCUUCGCCGUCCACAAUUUCCGGUACCCCGUGCUGCUGUCAUCCCUGCACAUGCUGACUGCUGUAGUGGUGGGCAGACCUUUGGCCAGACUCCGGGCUGGAGGGACGGGGAACCCCACCCUGGGUCCCGAGGCCAAGGCCCGUGUUUUCCUGCUGAGCUUGACUUUCUGUGCCAGUGUGGCUUUUGGGAACUUGGGUCUCAACUAUGUCCAGCUGGACUUUGCUCAGAUGGUGUAUACCACCACGCCGCUCUUCACUCUGACCCUCUCCAAGGUGCUGCUGGGGAAGCGCCACCACCUGCUGCAGUAUGCCGCCAUGGGGCCCAUCUGCUUGGGGGCCUCCUUGAGCAUCAUCGGAGAGGUGGAGUUCGAUCAGGCCGGGUGCUGCUUCCUCUUUGCUGCCACCUUCCUCCGUGGGCUGAAAUCCAUACAGCAGAGUACCCUGCUGCAGGAGGAGCGGAUGGACUCUCCGACUUUGCUGUGCCUGACCUCCUUGCCCAGCUUCUAUAUCCUCUUCACGGCGGCCCUCUUGCUGGAAGUCGGCCCCUCCUGGGACGGCACGCUGGCCUCCAGCUGCAGCCUCUGGCUCUGCAUCCUGUGCAGCUGCCUGGGCUCGGUGCUCUACAACCUGUCCAGCUUCUGUGUCAUCUCUCUGACGUCGGCCCUCACCAUCCACAUCCUCGGGAACUUCAACGUUGUGGGGAACCUGCUGCUCUCUCACGUGCUCUUUGGGAGCCGCCUGACCUUGCUCGGCUACGCGGGCAUCGCCCUCACCCUCGCGGGGGUCUUCAUGUACCAUCACUGUGACCGCAUAGCCAACUGCUGGCAUUCGUUGGGCGGGCGAGCCAAGCGAGAAUAA